AUGGCUGCAGCGGCGAUUUCCGGCGGUCACCUCGUCCUCUCCACCCCUACCUCCACCCGGCGCCCACGGUCGCUCCCCCUCCAUCCGCCCUCAGCGCGACCAAUCGCCGCAUCCUCCGCCUCCGCAGCCCGCCGCGGGGUCGCGGCCGCCGCAGUGUCCAGCCCUGCCGCGGUCCCCUCCACUGGGAAAGAUGGUGCAAAACAGCUUCCUAAGGAUUUUCUUCAUAUCAAUGAUUUUGACAAAGAUACAAUCAUGAAGAUCCUUAACCGAGCAAUUGAGGUUAAGGCAAUGAUAAAGUCAGGAGACAGGAGCUUCCAACCGUUCAAAGGAAAGUCGAUGGCAAUGGUCUUCGCCAAGCCGUCAAUGAGGACCCGUGUUUCGUUUGAAACAGGAUUCUUCUUGCUUGGUGGGCAUGCUGUUUAUUUAGGUCCCGAUGAUAUCCAGAUGGGCAAGCGUGAGGAGACCCGUGAUGUUGCUCGUGUACUUUCUGGAUAUAAUGACAUCAUUAUGGCCAGGGUUUUUGCUCACCAGGAUAUUUUGGACUUGGCAAAAUAUGCACCUGUACCUGUCAUAAAUGGCCUUACAGACUACAACCAUCCGUGCCAGAUAAUGGCUGAUGCGCUCACUAUGCUUGAACAUGUUGGGCGUAUUGAAAACACCAAGGUUGUCUAUGUUGGAGAUGGCAACAAUAUUGUACACUCAUGGCUUCUAUUGGCUGCUGUGAUUCCCUUCCACUUUGUAUGCGCUUGUCCUAAGGGCUUUGAGCCAGAUGCCAAAACUGUGGAGAUCGCUAGGAGUGGUGGAAGUAAGAUUGAAAUAACAAAUGAUCCCAAGGAAGCAGUUAAGGGAGCAGAUGUUGUGUAUACAGAUGUUUGGGCCAGCAUGGGCCAAAAGGAGGAAGCUGAAUAUAGGAAAAAAGUAUUCCAAGGAUUCAUGGUGGAUGAAGCCCUGAUGGAGAUGGCUGGUCCAAAAGCCUUCCUCAUGCAUUGUUUGCCCGCGGAGAGAGGGGUGGAGGUAACAGAUGGUGCCAUCGAGGCUCCCAACUCGAUCGUAUUCCCCCAGGCAGAGAACAGAAUGCACGCGCAGAACGCAAUCAUGCUUCAUGUGCUUGGAGCUUGA